AUUGAAUGACCCUUUGUGAUACAGAUGUUUUUAUUUACUUACUAUAUUGCAAUGAAUUAAGACAAAAUGAAGUGCUUAGUUUUUUUAUUGGGUAUAUUUUGUGUACGUUUUGGUGAAGGGAUUUUUAGUCCAGGAGACUCAAAUAGAAUUCACACGAAUGUAAAAACAUCUGGUCCAGGAAAAUUUAUACAAUUCCAUCACAAUUACAGCAAAGUGUAUGUAAAUCAACCAGCAAACCAAAAAGUUGUACAAAAAACUGUAUACGUGACCAAAAAUGAUGAAAAUGACGAUGGUAUAUCACAAAAAUUUUACCCUGUUUUCAAUGGGCAUACUUACGGACAAACCCCUGAAAGAGAAUACACGCAAAAUGUUAGAGUUUACAAUAGACUUAAUAAUACUAGAGAGGAAAAUAUACGAAGCCUACAAGAUACUUUGGAAAAAAUAGGAAAUACUAACAAUCAUCAGACUUUUACAACCACAAAACGCAAGAAAGAAAUUUUAAACCAAAUUGAGGUUUACUCAAAAUGUCCUCCAGAAGUUACAGGACAGUUUGUCUAUGAUCUAUCAUGCAAUCAAUUUUUGAAUUGUUUUAAAGGAAGGGGGGCCGUGCAAAAUUGCGCACCCGGUACAUUAUUUAACCCCAAAACAUUGGAGUGCGAUUUUCCGGAAAAAGUACAGUGCAUAACAGGGCCAGGGCAAAACUCUAUAAACAUCAAAUCGGCUGCUCUUGUUUCUGAGCAAGCAAAAUGUCCAGAAAACUUUAUAGGUUUGAUACCAAACUAUAGCGAUUGCUCAAAAUUUAUAAACUGUAAUUCCGGAACACAAUACACAAUGGACUGUCCACCGGGUACCCUAUUCGAUAUCACCAAAAAUAUAUGUGAUCAUGCACAUUUGGCUUUAUGUUAUAACGGUCAAAACUUCAAGAGGGAUACCUCUAAACAGUAUGGGCAAUAUAGUGAGAGUACCUAUCACACUACUUAUGGUACCCAAGGUGUGUAUGGUACUGAUUUGGAGCACGGGGAAUCACAGAAUAAACAAGGAUAUUCAGUUGGUACAAACAACUGCAAUGCAGGAAAAUGUCAAACUAAUUGCAAUCAAGGUGGCCAACCUUGUAGUACCAACAACCAAUACCAACAAGGAACCCAAACUUAUCAGGGUUCCUACAAUCAACAUAAUAACAAUCAAGGUACCUACCAACAACAUACAUACAACAGUGGAACCCAAGGGGGUUAUACUGGUACCCAAAUACAACCAUCUCAUGGUUCCACUUCCACAUCAAGAAAUUAUCAAACUAUUUGCAAUAUAAACGACCCUAACUGCAUAAAACAAGAUAACCAUCAAACCAGUGGUACUGUACAAUGUGCUCCGGGUUCCAGUGGACUACAAAGACACCCAUAUAUAUGCUCGAAAUUUUUGAACUGCGCUAAUGGCCAAACUUUCGUACAAGACUGUGGACCGGGUACUGUUUUUAAUCCUUCCUCGAAAGUGUGUGAUUUUCCUUACAAUGUAAAUUGUCAAGAUGGUUCGUCCACAUCUACUGGUACCACCCAGGAAAGAGUGGACACAUCUGGAACCCAAUGGAACCAAAAUCAAAACUGGGACCAAACAGCAUCGGGUACCUCAAAUGUAAAAUACGGCACCAAUAAUCAAGGUGGCACCAUUUCAAAUUGGAACCAAGAGCAACAUUCAUACGGUUAUAAUGGUCAAAAUCAAAAUUGGGGACAAUCUAAUAGUGGUGCAACAUGGAACAGUAGGCCUGGUACUUCUCAAUUUGGCGGUACCGUUACAUCUUGUCAAAACCCACCAUGUGUUCAAAAUACUGGAUAUGGUACCUCUACAAGUUGGAACCAACAGUCGGCUAAUUGCCCCAAUGGUAACUGUGGUUCUUAUGGUCAAAAUACUGGAAAUUCUGCAUAUGGUUCCACCACCAAUUGGAACCAUCAACAAAAUAACUGUCCAAAUGGUGUCUGUGGCACACAAGGUACCCCGAAUAGUGGUGGUACUGGAAAUAUUGCUCAUGGUACCACUACAUCAUGGAACCAUCAGCAAAAUAACUGUCCAAAUGGUGUCUGUGGCACACAAGGUACCCCGAAUAGUGGUGGUACUGGAAAUAUUAAUCAUGGUACCACAACAUCAUGGAACCAUCAGCAAAAUAACUGUCCAAAUGGUAACUGCGGUACUUAUAAUAAUGGUGGUCCUGGAAAUAUUGUUCAUGGUACUACCACGACUUGGGUUCAUAAACAAAAUGAUUGUCCAAAUGGUGACUGUAGUACCCAUGGUCAAAAUACUGGAAAUUCAGGAUAUAGUACCACCACCAAUUGGAACCAUCAACAAAAUAACUGCCCAAAUGGUAUCUGUGGUACUCAAGGUACCCCGAAUAGUGGUACCACUACAUUAUGGAAUAACUGUCCAAAUGGCAACUGUGGUACUCCUAAUAGUGGUGGUUCUGGUGCGACCACAACUUGGAACCAUAAGCCAAAUAAUUGUCCAAAUGGCGACUGUGGAGUCCAAAAUGCAAAUAGUGGUACCACAAGUACUGGGAACCAACAGGUAAAUCGGCACCAUAAUAUAAACCCUAACUUGAAUUGGGGUGAUAACCAACACGGUGGUACCAAUGGUCAAAGUGUCAAAAGUCAGGAAAUACAAUACGUAUAUGGUACCAACACUAAUGAUGGUUCCAAUGGAUUACAUUGCAGAGGAGGCAAUUGUGGACAAAAUAAAAACUUUCAAGGUACCCUAAUCAGCGAACAAAGGACAGUGGAACCUUUGCAUAAUGGCGAAAAUUAUCAAGAACAAGUUAGAGAACCAACGGAUGUGGAUAAUUUUAAACAUAAAUUAACAACAUCAAGACCACAAGCACCUUGGCCACCUAGCUUCCCCGAUCCAGUACCAUCGACCGAUACAAAUGCUGAUUAUGUGUUUGAUGACACCAACGCUGACUACGAGGAUUUACAAAUCCCUGAAACUUUUUAUGCAGAGCAGAAAAGUACCACCAAAUGUGAUAAAAACGACUUUCAUUGCACUUCAAACACAUGCAUAUACAGAACUAGUGUUUGCGAUGGUGUGAUAGAUUGUCAAAAUGGUAAAGAUGAGCAAAAUUGUCAGGAAUAUAUGAGCAAAUUUGACAAACAUACGGAGCAAAAAUUGGCAGUUGUAGAGCAACAAAGAUGGAACAAUGUUAAUGCUUCGACUUGUGCUGUUUUAUGUCUUGAGAGCGCGAAAUUUGAAUGUAGAUCUUUCAACUACAGAAAAAUCGACAGAAGCUGCCAUUUAUCGGACUCAAACAUAGGUUUAUCUGGUAUGCUGAUGCACUACAAACCCUGCGAUUAUUACGAGCUUAAAUCGCAGAAAAUAAACUGCCAAAAUUUGCACGUCUGCCCAAAUGAUAAGUGUGUAUCGUCCGCACAAAUUUGCGACGGUUUUGAUGAUUGUGGGGAUAGAAGUGACGAAAAAAAUUGCACAAAAGAAGAGUUGGGGUAUGGGGUGAAAUUGGCGGGUACAAAACAUAAACACAAGGGAAGAGUUGAAGUCUCAGCCUUUGGAAAGAUGGGUUACAUUUGUGACGAUCAGUUCGGAAUAAGAGAAGCAAAUGUUGUUUGUAAAGAGUUGGGUUACAACCUGGGUGCAGCUGAAGUGAGAGGUAACUCGUACUACGCCAAAGAUCUAAAGAAGAACAACACGUUUUAUAUGAUGGACGAUGUUGACUGCAUUGGGAACGAAACUUCCUUGAAAGACUGCAGUUUUUCUGGUUGGGGACACCAUAACUGCUUGGAUGGUGAGGUAGCAGGUUUAAUUUGUAAAAUACCGCAAGAAAAAUGCCCAAACAAUCAUUGGCAAUGCAGAACUGGAAAUGAAUGUGUACCAAUAAAUUUUGUCUGCGACGGUCUCAAUGACUGCUCCGACGAUUCAGACGAAGCCAUGGAAAUUUGUGAGGCCCCCACGGAAAUCCGUCUUGUAGGACCAAGCCAAAGUCAGGGCAGAGUAGAGAUAAAACAUCAUGGAGUGUGGGGUACCAUUUGUGAUGACGAUUUUAACGAAGACGCUGCUAAAGUAAUUUGCAAGCAGUUGGGCUUCAAAACUGCAUCACAAGUGAAGAAAGAGGGCCUUUACGGAGCAGGGAGUGGCCCUAUAUGGUUGGACCAAGUGUAUUGCUACGGAAAUGAGACUGGUUUAGAAAAUUGUUCUCAUUGGAAUUGGGGCGAACAUAACUGUGAUCAUACAGAAGAUGUUGGGGUGAUUUGUAGUAAUGAUGAUGUGGACAUACUGGAAAAAUUUUCCAGAGCUCUAUCGACAACAGAAAGAGUUUUACCCAUUUACCCAAACACUUGUGGGUAUAGAAAGGAUAAUCAAUUUUUGUUGAAUGAUGACGUUCAUUUCAGAGUUGUUCAAGGUUCUUUAGCUAAAGCAGGGGAAUAUCCAUGGCAGGCCGCCAUCAAAGUAAAAUCAAACAAUAACAAGCCUGCCCAUUGGUGUGGGGCUAUCAUCGUCUCAGAGAGGUUCGUUUUGACAGCUGGGCAUUGUUUAAUAGGCUACGCGAAAGGUGCCUAUAUAGUUGUGGCUGGCGACUACGAUGUGGACGAAGUCGAAGGUACAGAACAAACUGAUUUUAUCGAGGAAUUUUACAUUCACAAGGAAUUUAGAAAAGGGCACAAGAUGAAUAACGAUAUAGCUUUGGUGAAACUCAAAAAAGGCUUCAAAUUGAACCAAAACGUUCAGCCGUUGUGCUUGCCAGAUGAGGAUUUAGUAUACGACUCCAAUUUGAAUUGCACCAUAUCAGGAUUUGGUUCCACACAAACUGGCAAGUCAGCAUAUUCUCAUAACUUAAGAGCUGGUUGGAUACCCAUCCAAUCGGAUGAGGUUUGUAAAAUGCCCCACGUUUAUGGUAAAAAUAUUAUGGAUGGUAUGUUCUGCGCUGGCUUUUUGGAGGAAGGGGUGGAUGCCUGUGAUGGUGACAGUGGAGGACCUUUGGCCUGUCUAAAAGACGGCCUUUUUACUCUAUAUGGAAUAACAUCCUGGGGACAGCACUGUGGUUAUGCCAAUAAACCGGGUGUUUACGUCAAAGUGGCAUAUUACAGGAAAUGGAUAGAUGAAACAUUAAGAAAACAUUCAUAAAUAAAUCAUUUGUUUAAUAUUUUGUAUUAUUUAUGUUAUUGGU